AUGACAGAUUCAGCAUGGGGAAUAUUGGAAUGUACAAAUUCAAAAUAUCCAUCUAUUCCACUUUAUGAUACAACAAAUAUAUUUGGAAGAAAUAAUACAACAAUGAAAAUAAGAAAUCUUACAAUUUCAUCAAGACAUUUCAUUAUUCAAAUUAAACAAGAAGGAAAAGAAAAUAAAUAUAUUUGUAUUGAUACAUCAAGAAAUGGAACAUAUAUAAAUAAUGAAAUUAUGGGGAAAAGAAUGACAACAAAAGAAAUUAAAAUUUAUGAUGAAAUUAGUAUGCUUGAUCCACAAAAAGAUGAAGGAAGUAUAUCAUAUAUAUUUAUUCCAUUUGAAGAACAAAAAAAAGAAAAAAGAGAAGGAGGACCACAAAAUAAAUAUGAUAUUGGAAAAUAUUUAGGAAGUGGGAAUUUUGCACGAGUAAGAGAAGUAAUAGAAAAAAAUAAUAAACAAAAAUAUGCAAUAAAAAUUAUUGAUCGUCAAAAAAUGAAAGAAAUAGGAGAAAAUGAAAAAAUAAUAUUAAAUGAAUAUUCUAUAUUAAAAAAACUUCAUCAUAUUAAUAUUAUUCAAUUAAAUGAUGUAUUUCUUACACAAAAAUAUUUUUAUUUAGUAUUUGAAUUAGUAGAUGGAGGAGAUUUAUUUAAAUUAACAUUAAAUAAAGGAUGUUUAAAUGAAAAAGAAUGUAGAAUUGUAAUGAAACAAAUAUUUUAUGGACUUAAAUAUUUACAUCAAAAUAAAAUAAUUCAUAGAGAUAUUAAAUUAGAAAAUAUUUUAUUAACAUCAAAUGGUAUUAUUAAAAUAUCAGAUUUUGGUUUAAGUAAAGAUACAAAAAAAAGUAUUGCAGAAACAAUGUGUGGAACACCAAUGUAUGUAUCUCCCGAAUUACUUAAUGGUCAAUCUUAUAAUGAAAAAACAGAUAUUUGGAGUGCUGGUGUAGUAUUAUAUACAAUUGCAUGUGGUUUUCAACCAUUUAGAAGUGAAAAUGAAAUAGAAGAUGGAAAAGGUGGAAAUAGAGAAUUAUUUGAUUUAAUACUUAAUGGAUAUUAUCAAUUUAUUUCACCAUAUUGGGAUAAUAUUUCACUUGAACUUAAAGAUUUAAUUAGUCAUAUGUUAAUUGUAAAUCCAAAACAAAGAUAUGAUAUUGAAGAAUGUUUAUCACAUCCAUUUAUAAUUAAUACUAAAAGAGAUCAUUUAGAUUUAAAUCAACCAUUUAUAAAACGAGAAUAUGAUAGAUAA